AUUAUAUAUGAAGGUGCAUUCAUAUCCUCCUUGCUUCAACGAUGGAUUCAGGGACAAGUGAAGUAGUACACGAAUUCCUCCCAUAUUUCCGAGCAUACAAAGAUGGACGAGUUGACAGAAACUUUGGCACCGAUAUAGUCCCUCCAUCAAUCAAUUCCCAAAGUGGCAUUUCCACCAAAGAUGUUGAAAUUGUUAAAGAAACUGGCCUAUCAGCCAGAGUUUACAUUCCAAGUACCAUUAAUCCAGGCCAGAAGUUGCCUAUUCUAGUGUACUAUCAUGGUGGGGGCUUCUUUAUGGGUUCACCAUUUUGUCCAACAUAUCAUAACCAUGUUGCUGCUCUUGUAGCUGAGGCUAAUAUAGUUGCAGUUUCUGUUGAUUACAGAUUAGCCCCAGAACACCCCGUGCCAAUAGGCUAUGAAGAUUCAUGGAUUGCACUUCGAUGGGUUGCUUCUCACUAUAAUGGUCAAGGCCCUGAGGCCUGGCUGAGAGAACAUGGCGAUUUUCAUCGUUUUUUUCUGGUUGGGGACAGUAUUGGAGGCAAUAUUGUGCACAACAUGUUAGCACAAGCUGGGGUUGAAGGUCUCCAAGGAGUGAAAUUAUUAGGAGCUUGUUUGGUUCAACCUUACGUUAGUAAAACAGAAAGUGUUCAUACUGGCGUGGAGGACAGAUCAUGGCUUUUUUCAUGUCCAACAACAAGUGGUUUCGAUGAUCCAAGGAUAAACCCGGCUGAGGAUUCAAGGCUUUCGAGGCUAGGGUGCUCCAAGGUGCUAAUUUUUAUUGCUGAGAAGGAUGAUAUGAGAGACAGGGGUUUGUUCUAUUAUGAGACAUUGAGGAAGAGUGGGUGGGAGGGAGAGGUGGAGAUUGUGGAGACAGAAGGAGAGGAUCAUGUGUUUCAUUUGUUCAACCCAAAUUGUGAGAAGGCUCUGGCCUUGUUGAAAAUGUUGGCUUCUUUCAUAACCAAGACAAGGCUUCUUAGUACUUAACUAGCCUAUGUUUUUUUCAUAAACCAAGAAAAGGCUCUUAGUACUUGCCAAUGUCUUAGAUCCUAAUGAACUUGUAUUAGCAAUAAUUACCUAAUAUAUAGCAGGUUAUUUAGCUAUAUUUCUGAGUUUGUGAUGAGCUUAAUUGCAUUAU